GGGAGAACGCUUGCCAGGCGGAAACCCACCACGUACUGGAACACUGCCACCGAACUAUUUGCUGGAAGGGGUUAAACCCGAACCACCCAGCUGGCACCACGAGAAGGUUGUUCCGCUAGCCAGCCUAUCGUGUUCCAUUUUCUGUCAGACGCUAAAUUCAGUUCAGCCGCAUCCCCGAUUAUUGGCCCGAACUUCUAUCCGGAUAUAUUAAAGUAUGGUUUCAGAUUUUUUAUUCUGUGGAGCCUGUUUCCUAAACUUCCGUCUGUGUGAUAUAAACCUUUUUAUCGAGCACAAAAAGAACAGUUGUACCAGCUACACAACUGAAUCCCGACCAUCUACCGACAAUUUUGUGGCAAAUUUGUUGGAGUGUGUACAGUGCUUUAGGAAGUUUCCGACACCGUGGCCACUAUUACUGCAUGUGCAAUCGGAACACCAGAUGUUGUUUGUAAAUACGACACAACCUCCGUCGGAUACAUUGAUACAUGAUGUAAGUCGCAGCAUAUGCUUUCCCCAAACAUCACCGGAUCAAUCAGAGGACACGGAUGUUCAUAAAUCUUUAGACCAUUCUGUUGUUGAAGUAUCCAAACACGAGCUCGCCUCAGUGGGAACGCAGACCAUCAUAAGCUCGCUUCAGAAUAAUUUGUUAGCAUCUAAGAAGCGCGGUUAUGUCUCCUGCUGUAAUUCUACAUCCACUUGUAGCCAUUGCGCGUGCAAUUGCGUUGAUGCCCACGAUGCUCUGUGUUACUGCGACUCCACUAGCUGUAGUCUACCCGUCUCCUCACCUUGUGGAUGCGGAUAUUACUGUCCCCCCUCGUUCCCCUUACAUCUCAAACAAGGCACAUGUACCCUACAAACAGCUUUUGGCACAUGCUCCCUUUCAACGUCACGCUGUGUCCCGCCUGCACCGGGAGUUACUGCAAACCAGAACGGCAGAAAUGAUACUCCAACUACUAGUGGUCAGUGCUGCAUGUCUCUCGUCCGUUGCAACACACGAUGUUGUCUAACGGAGAAUACGACAGUAACCUCUCAGUCGUUGACUCUUUCAUGCUGCCCUUGCCCCCCAACCAUCAGGAAGCCCAACACAACCUCUUCAGAAGUUCAGACUGAUUUAGAACCGGAAUUUGGGGAGCUGAAUUACUCGGAUAUAGCAAUGUUAUUGGCGUCCCCGACUGGGUCAGUCGCAGUUAGCCCUCCAGACAUUUUAGACUGUGUUCUCAAGCCAGAUCAUCCAGCAGGUACCUUAUCAAACCAACCUUCCGAAACACAAGAACAAGCUUCUUUGUCUACCGACCUGAUGACCAUCGAGCCUACAGUCCUCGGAUUUGAUAAUUCCACUGAUGCACCGAAUGUCACUGUUGAUUCCACUGGCGAACAGUCUUCACCAUCUGCUCCCUUACCUUUGGUGACGUCCGGUUGUCAGGCGAACACGCUUCCUGCGAUUACGUUUAAUAUUUUAUCCACCAGUUUCAUGAAAGCGCAUGGGUCAGAAGGGACAUUUAAUGAAGGCCAUUCCCAAGACCUUAUGUCACCAAUCGAAAACACUACACAACAAUGUUCGGUGGCUCCGCAUGGAGAAAAUCGGGGUUCUUUGCUCUCUACCAUGCCGCGAUUCAAGUGCACUAUGUGUGGAAAAGUUCACCGGCAAAAGAUCCAUUUGAAAAAACACAUAAUGACACAGCACAUCCGCAAAAAACCAUACGAGUGCCCAUUGUGUAAGUACGCAACCGUUGAGAAAAGUCAUCUCACCGUUCACAUUCGCACCCACACUGGUGAGCGGCCUUUUCGUUGUCGUGUUUGUGAGUAUUCGUCGACGCAAAAUUGCACGUUGAAAUCCCAUUACAUACGGAAACACCCUGAAAAUCAACUUCAGUGCUCCAGAUGUUUGGAAACAUUCUACACCGAGCUAGAGUUAGGAAAACACCAACGAAUGUGUUUCUUUGGUUGCUUAUAGCAUCUCGUGCAUCUGCAUUUCAUUAUCCGGUUUCCUCAUUCGUUAACGACGGUGAUGAUUUGAUCUCGUUUUCUCAUCGAUACUUUCUAACUUGUCAAACGUACGUGUCGCCACCAGUUCCAUAUAAAGAUCUCUUCCAACACUGCACUCCAAAACUCUACAAUGAGCAAUUGGCUUCUCUCGCCUCAAAUUGUAUAGCGUACUAUUUACAGAUUUUUACCAAAGCGCUUUUGUACACCAAUCCAAAUCUCACUUGAAUCUGUCUAGAUCCAUUUAUGAUUAAAUGCCUUCACUCGCGACUCAGUUUCACUAACUCCCACAAUCCACUGCUUAUUUAGUGCUGGCAUUCACGGAUGCUACUCGGCUCGUAUCGAUCCGGGCGGCUGUUUCCGUUGUAAUACACAUUUCAGGGUCACAUUGU